CACACACACACGCACACACACAAAACCUACCGUCGCCCAUUUCCCCCCUGCUAGCUCCGAGAUUAUUUCGAACAGAAUUGGCUGAAUGUAGAAUACAAAUAUUCUUUCUAAAAAUUCCUUAUAAUUAUAAAACAUAAAAUAUCAGUUGUGUUUAAGAGAUUAUAAUCUCCAUUGAGGAAACUGAGAGGAGAAAAGUCCUGCCCUUCUGUAGCAUUUAUUUACAGGGCAAAACCUGCCCAUCUCUCUCUCUCUCUCUCACUCACUCUCUCACACACACACAUAGCUUACUUAUCAGCUGUGCAAAUAUGUAGUCACUUAAUACAUUAUGUUUUCCGUUAUAGAUUAAAUCAAACACCAAAUAGCCAGGCACCACUGUUAAGGGCUGGAAGUAUUGAAUCUAGCUAUUUAAAAUAUUAUUUAGUGAAUGAAAAACAUUUUAAUUGCUUUGUUGUUAUAAUCAGGGCUCAUUAAGCUGUAUGUGUAUUAAAAAUGUUCUAUUCUGCAAUGUUAACAAAUGUUACCACAAUGUAGUUCUACCUUUUUUUCUUUCCUUUUCUCUUUCUCUCUCUUUUGGUCUGAAGUGAGAUACAAUACAUUCUUUAAGCAACAUAUUAGUCUCUGGAAAAAUUUGUGCAUGUGGAAUUGACUGUCUAGAAUGAUGUACAGGGAAGCAGAAGUGUAAAGAAUCUGGGUGUUCUCUCUUUUUCCAUAGCAGAAGCAUUAGGUUUUCCUCAUUAGCAUCUCGAUUACUUUGUUUAGAUGGACAUUUGCACAUUAUGGUAGUGAGGAAGCCAAUGAAAAUCUUAGAAGUGCAUAUCUUCCAAUGCAACACAUUCUUGCUUGGUAAAUCUGGGGAGGUGGGGAAAGUGGGAGGAAGAAGGUCUUUUAUGCUCUCGCCCCCCUUGUCUUCCUCUCAGCUUAAUGUUACACACAUUGGGCCUAAGCCAAAAAACCCUUACGUGUAAAUGGAAUGAAUGCACAGGAAGGACCUUACAUAACUGUUUUGUCUAAGAAUAUAGUUGUAGGAUUUAAACCUCUGUCCUUGGAGAAGGAAUGCAGGAUUUUGCCACUAAGGUGUCUGCUGUGAAAUAUUUAUUCCUGGGCAUGAGUACAGUAAUUGAAGCGCAGCAAGCUGGGCUGGGGUCUCGUGAAGGCUUCCUUUGGAUCACAUCAAGGCAACCCAGCCUUCUGGGAUUGGAGCUAUGUCUUAUUCUUCUCUUAAAAUUACCUCUCCCUUCCCACUCCAAAAAAAAAAAAAGGCCAAAGAUAAGUGAGCACACCUAAAUCAGAGAACUUGGGGGGAAAAAACCUCCCUCUCUCACCCCAUCUCAUGAAAGAGGCAUCCGUUGAGUUUACCCAUACUUUCAAGCAAGGAAGAGGGUCCAAAUAUUAUUACCAGCUCUUGAGAAAAACCUUUCGCAAAUUAUAUAUAAAAAAUCAAAUGCUUAAACAGUACAAGUACGAUAGGAAAAGAAAAUACUUAGCCAUUUGACUACAAGGCAUAUUUUCCUCUCCUUUCUUAACCUUCUCCCUAAGGUGUUUUUUAAAGCAUCGGUACAGUUCUCGGCGCUUUUUCGCCAGUUCUCUGUCCGAGAAUCGUCGGCGACGGGAGAAAGUUGCGCUGGGCCGAAUCGGCGAAUCCUUCCCAGUUUUCAAAAUAAAAUUUAAAAAGGGGGUUGAACGUUGUUUUUGUUCCGACCGGGUUCUUCGCCUUAAAAUCAAUGAGAACGCCUUGCUUAAUUGUAUUGGGGGCUGGGGGGGGGUAAGCCGGCGGGAAAGGGAGCGCGGGGCAAGGCGGCUCGCGAAGGCCCCUCCGGGGGUCUGGCCUGAGAACUGCGCCGACGGGGCUGGUCUCGGGCGGAACGGAGGCUCCCGCCGUUCCCGGUCGGUGGCUUUUCUCCUCGCCGCUUUCCCCUCGCCCUCUCCAGGUCGCGAUGGCUUGCUUUCUCUCACCUUUCUUCUUCUUCUCCUUCUUCUUCUUGUCCUCCUCCUUCUCCGUCCUUUUCUCUCCCCUUACCCUUUGCAGAGCAUGAGGCCGGAUCCCAGGCGCCAGGAGAAGCGGAGGAGCCCGGGCGGAAGACCGGCCUCCCGGUGCUGAGCAGAGGCGCGCCCGCCUUCCUCUCUCCCCUCGCCUGCUCGCCGCCCGCUCUCUCGCCCCGGAGAGAAGGAGCUUCGCCGGUACCGCGGCCUUCCCGCCGGUCCCGCUCCGCGCCCCGCUUCCCGGCCGGGGCUUGGGGCUGCUGCAGGAGCCGCCGCCCCGGUAUGGAUGGCCGGGAGUUCGCGCCCCCGCCUCACCUCCUGGCCGACCGGGGCCACCGCAGCAGCUCCAGCCGCCUCGCUUCCGCCGGGCACAACGCGGUGCAGCACGGAGGACACUUCCAGCCUGGGAAAUACUUCCCCUCGCCCAUCUCCAUGGCUACGCACACAGCAGGAAGCGGGUUGAUGGGAAACACACCUGCCUCAUCCUUUAUGGGCAGCUUCCUCAGCAGCAGCUUGGGGUCAGCAGCCCCCCCACAUCCCACAGGCCCGGCAUCCUCCCCAUCAGAACCGGCCUUCCGUGGCCCCCACUCUGGCACCUCCCAGAUCUGGUUCUCACACUCCCAUGAAGCUCCAGGUUACCCGAGGUUCUCUGGGAGUUUAGCAUCCACUUUUCUUCCCAUGAGCCAUUUGGAUCACCAUGGAAACAGCAAUGUCCUGUACGGCCAGCAUCGUUUCUAUGAAAGUCAGAAAGACAAUUUCUAUCUGCGGAACCUGCCGGCUCAGCCCACCCUGCUCUCAGCCAAUCACAACUUCCCCAGCAUUGCCCGGGCAGCACCUGGACACCCAAUCGGUUCCUGCAGUCGGGACCGGGAGGCCGGCCACGGGCAAAAGUGCCACAAGGACUAUGAGCGUUUUGUGUUGUCAAAGGACAAAGGGGCCAAGGGUGAGGGCAAGGAGCGAGCAGCCGACGAGGAGGCCAAGGAGCGGCACAAACUGGUGAUGCCCAUGUCAUCGGAGGGGAACUGCAAAGAAGGGGCUCCUCAGCGAAGCUCUUGUGACAACCGGCCCAAACACCUGCCCUCGUGCCUUCUGAGCUCCAAAGUAUUGAAUGGGGACUCGGGCAAAGCUGUACUCCCCAGCUGUGGCGGAGGCAUCCUCCCACGCCAUGCUGGUGCCCAGAGUCGUUGUGCCAAGGAUCUUGGACACCACGAGCCUCCUCCCCAGUCCUAUAGUGAGUGCCUGGAGCGACGACAGAUGCUGCACCACUCGGUCUCCUACACUGUCCCGUCUAGUUUGCCUGCUGGGCCCCCUGCCCUCAGCACUACGACCAGCAGCUUCCCCUGCCUCCAGCUUCAUUCGAGUCCAGAAGGGAUGUGCCCUCUGCAGGAUAAGGCCAGCCGGGAGCUACGGAUCAGUGGGGCCACUUUCGUGCCUUCUGUAGGCCAUUUGACUGACAAGAGUCGUUCCUUCCAGGUGCCCUCUGAGCCCUGUGAGGGCAAGGAGCGCCCCCACGAUGUGGGGCCAGAGCACCCGCCCACUUACGGAAACCACCCUUUCUCUCACCUCAAAGCAGAGGGCAAGGUCGAACGGCGGCUGGAUUGGCCACAGAACUCCAGCGCCCGUCUGAAAGGCCUGGAGUACCUGAACAACCCUGGUUCUGAUGGCCAUUUUGGGAGCUUGCCUCACCAACCUAAGGGCGGGCAUUUUGAGAUGAUGCCACCUCAAGACUGUGCUCGGCCCAGCCCUCAAGAGACGCUGUGUAAACUCAGCCAGUCCUGCUGCACUUUAGACAAGGCCCCCAAGGAGCCGCCAACACCCAGCACCCAGAAAGUGGCUCGCAUCCGCCAUCAGCAGCACUUGCAGACAGAGAUGGAGCAGGCGGGCACCCACGCUGAGUCCAAGCGCAAAUCAAUGGAGCUCAGCUCUCUGGGCUACAAUGGGCCACACUUGCCGCCAUGGCCGGUGCAGGGCCAGGGCCCUCCUUUGUCUAUGGUGGAGGAAAGGAAAAGUUCCUACCUGGACCCUUUUAGCAGCAGCCUUCAGCAGGCCGCACUCAUGACGCAGGGCUCGGUCCUGACCCAAGACAUGCACACUCCCCCAGAUGAGGUGUCGGCCAUGAAAAACCUGCUGAAAUACAGCAACCAAGCACUUAUUGUGGGCCAGAAGGCUCCCUUUGUGGGUCUGGGCAGCCUCAAGGGGAGCUGUGCCCACCAGGAUGGGGGCAAGUUCCUUGGGGCCAAAGGGCAGCAGGAGCUGGAGCGCCCAGACUGUGCCCGCAGCCGAGACCACGAGCUGGGCCAUGGGGAUGGUGAGGUGCGCCAGCCUCCAGUGGGCAUUGCUGUGGCCGUGGCUCGUCAGAAGGACACGCUGAGUCGGCCUGACCCAGCCUAUGGGUCCAGCUCCGGUCGGCAGGGCAGGGCUGCCAUGGGCCUGAAAGCUGGUGCUGCACGGCCUGUUCAUGUCAUUGACCUGGAUGCUGAAGAGGAACGGAGCCGGCUAUGUGAGGAACGCCUGGGGCUUGCAGGAAGAGACCUCCUGCUUCAGGAUAACAAAGACCUAGUGGAGUUUGCCCGCAUCCACCCCUCAAGCAGCUGCCCUGGAGACCUGACCCCCCACCUGAUGAUUGCAAGCAGCUCCUCAUUGCAGGCCAGCCAGCUGGGAGGAGAUCCAACAGCCCAUACCCAUCCAGCUCAUACGCACUGGUUACCCCGGACACGCAGCCCUUCACUUUGGAUGGGUGGACACUCAUACGGCAUCGGGCACCCUGCUCUUCAUCAAAACCUGCCGCCUGGCUUCCCAGCCUCUAUGCCCAGUGCCAUGCAACCAGUCUUCCCCCUGUCACAGGAACCACCUGCCCAGUUAGUCAUUCUGCCUUCUGAGCCUCCAGCCCACGGUGCCCCUCACACGCUGGCAGCUGAGGUGAUGGAUCAGGCAUCUAUAUGGCCACCCAUGUAUCCUAGCCGGGGGCCUGGCUCUCACCUGCAGCACACAGGGCAACUCCCCGUGUAUUCCCGCUCCCAGUUCUUGCGCCAACAAGAACUCUAUGCUCUGCAGCAGCAGCAACAGCAGCAGCAGCAGCAGCAACAACAACAGCAACAACAACAACAGCGUGCAGCUCAGGCACUGGAAGUGCAGCGGCACACACAUAGCCAGAGAAAGCCUGAAGAGCCGCCACCUGAGCUGGAGGUGCCAGGCCCGGAGAAGCCGCUCAAACCAUCUCAUAAAGCUGUUGCCUUAAACGCUCCCCCAAAGGGCUUGCCCUCUUCUGCCUGCUCAGCCAAGCUCUCUCCGUGCUGCCACCCGCCCAAAUGCCCUGCCCCCUGCACUUUACCUGUCUGCCCUGCUGUGGUGCCAUGCUCGCCUGCUGUAAGCCCGGUGCCCUCCCAGAACUCCACAGGUCCUGAGGCUGAAGGCAAACAGCCUGAAGGGCGGCCCGCCCAGGACUACCCCAAAUCACUGGAACCAGACCUUCCUCCUGGUUAUUCCUACCCUGUGGCUGGUCUGGGCUAUGCGUCGCCAUUACCCCUGGACCCAGCUGAUCCUGACACUAUGCAAACGGUUUCCACGGCAGCUGAGCCUGAACAGUCCCGCACCUUCCCACCGGAGGAGGAGGAGCCACACUGUGAGGCAGAGGCAAGCCCACCCAGGGUGGUUGGAGAGACGGAAGUGCAAGCUCCUCACCCACGCCCUCCCCAUCUUAUUGUGCACCCUCAGAGGCCAAGCUCUCCAGAGCUAGCCAAGGAAACCACCCCAUGUUGCCCCCUGCUGGUCGGGGACAGCCCAGAGGACUUGGAUAACUCUGCCCCACCAGACCAUCCAGAGGAACCUAGGCCAGAUGCAGCGGUCCCUUCUCCAGAGGUGAUAGCCAUGGAGGCUAGUCCAGCUGCAGCUGUGGAAGAUAGCUGCCAGGACAAUGAGAGUGAUGCUAGCUCACCAGAUGCCUCCUCCACGCAGACAGAAGUACAAGGAGCACUGUGUGGCCUGGAUGCCCUCAUUGCUGCCAGCAUCGAUCUGGGUGAACUCCCCGCCUUGGAGUCUCCACCUCCAUCUCCAUCUGCAUCUCCUGCAACUCCCCAUCCUUUGCACACUCCAUGCCGCUCAGGGAUUCCUGGCAUUGCCCUGCUCAGUGAGCUGGCUGAACUGGAACUCCGUCGGCAGCCCUCUGACACGGCCACCCAUGUGCUGGAUGAAGACUUGGUUGCAUUCAACCUGCAAAGCCUUGCCACGCUUGCUGCAGCCUGGGCCCUUGUGGAAGCUACUGGCCUAGAAAGCAGCCCUCCUGACCUCCUCAACUUGGCAGAUGCCGCACCGUGCGUGGAUGUGCCACCUCGGACAAGGGUCUCCCGUCGCAAGUACAUCUGGACCCCAAAGACCAAACCUGUUUGCCCUCUGAAAGCAGCCAUUGAGAACCUGGACACACAGGAAGUGGAGAUGCGUAUGCGGCUAGCAGAACUCCAACGGCGCUACAAAGAGAAGCAGCGAGAACUGGCCAAGCUACAGAGGCGGCACGACCAUGAGCGAGAUGAGAGCUCCCGGAGUCCAGCUCGACGCGGACCAGGACGGCCUAGAAAACGCAAGCACUCCAGUACACUCAGUUCACUGCGACAGAGCUCAGUCAGCAAGAGUGACAGCAGGAAGGUCAAGUCAGUAAAGGCAAGCUUAUCUUUGCUGUGUGCAGAGCUGCGGGCUGAGGGGGAGCCAAAGAAGAAAAAACGGAAAAUAUCAGAGACAGCUUAUGGUGGCCUCAAGAGCUCACAGGAUAAGGUGCGUUGCAAGAAGAGUAGCUCCCAAUGCAAGCUGACUUCCAAUGUGGUGCACAAGGUUUCCCAUCUUAAGCAGAAGGUCAAGAGCAAAGGCUUGCCUGCCAACAUUGGCCCAUUCCGCCGGAAAGAGCCAACCCCUGCUGCUCGGAUCCAAAAGAAACUAUCUCAUCCCAAGAGCUCUAAAGCCGCACCUUCUGCCAAAUACCUACAACAAGACCUCACUUCCUCCGAGGCGAAGCCAAGCACGGGGAAUCCUGAUGCAGAUGACAAUCACCACAAAGACUAUAAAAGCGAUGAUGAUGGUGGUGGUGAUGACUUGACCAGUGACACCAGCUCCACCCUCCAUGUGACAGUCAGUCCUGCUGUGAUUGGCCCCUCUCCCUCCUCAGUAGUGAAAAUGGAGGCCAAUCAGAAGGCGAAAAAGAAAAAGGAGAGGCAGGGUUUGCUAGGGCCUUGCCGAAUCCCCAGUCCUGAUGGCCAAGUCAAAAUCAAGCGGCGUCCUGUGAAGCCUGGUGUAGGGAGGUUGGAGAAAAUACCAGCGUGUCGGACAGGACCAUGCGAGAGCUCCAGCAAGAAGAAGUUAAAGAGCAAGGCCAAGGAGCUUCAGUGCAGUCCUGGGACAUCAACCACCCCUGAGGCGCUCUUCUCUAGCAGUCAGGCCCGGUCAUUCACAGCUCGGGACGAUGCAGUAAAGCUCAGCAGUGAACGCCUCAAGAAAGCCACACGCAAGAGCAAAGUCUUGCAGUCAGCCCUCCGGAGAAAGAAUGGAACACUGGCACUGUCUCCUCGCAAUGCUAAGGCCAUCCUUAGCAAGGGCAAGAAGCUCUCCAAGGUCAAGAAUAAGGUGGUCAGCAAACAGUGCAAAGGCCGGGCAGUCAGCCGACUGAUGGAGAGCUUUGCCAUUGAGGAUCACUUUGAGUUUGAUGAUAACAGCAGCUUUUCUGAAGAAGAGGAGAUGCCGCCCACAGGUGCAGAGCAGGACACCGCCCAGUCAUGCACAAUCCACAAGGAAGAUCUGCAGGAUGGACUGCGGGUGCUCAUCCCCAAAGAGGACAGCCUGCUCUACGCUGGUAGUGUAAAGAGCCUGCAGCCACCAGACAUUUACAGCAUUGUCAUCGAGGGGGAGCGAGGCAACCGGCAGAGGAUCUAUUCCCAGGAGCAGCUGCUGCAGGAGGCGGUUCUGGAUGUGCAGCCACCGUCGCGUCACAGCCUGCCACCAGGCACCCGGGUCUGUGCCUACUGGAGCCAGAAGUCCCGCUGUCUCUACCCAGGGAAUGUCAUUCGAGGUUCCUCAAGCGAUGAAGAGGAUGAUACGGAUUCAGUGCUGGUUGAAUUUGACGAUGGGGACACAGGACACAUUGCAGUGUCUAACAUCCGCAUGUUGCCACCAGACUUCAAAAUCCAGUGCACAGAGCCCUCUCCUGCGCUGUUGGUCUCUACUUCCUGCCGACGUAACAAGAGGUCUUCCAGUGAUGUUCCCCACUCCAGUGAACCAGCACCAAGCCUGUGUGCUGAGGGGCGUGAGGGCUCUGAGUCAACCAAAAGCACUAGCAAGAAGGCAGCCAGUAAAGAAAAGGCUGGUAAAUCUGAUGUGCUGCACUCAAGUUUGAAAGCUUUGCCAGGAGACCACUUCCUGAGCCGUCGUGCCAGCCCCCUGUUGAGUUGGUCAGCUUUGGCUCAGAACAAGCGCAAGGCGUCCAGCAAGAGCACAGCUCUACGACAGAACCUCUUCCAACUCAAUGGCAGCAGCAAGAAGCUGCGUGCCAAAGAGGUGCUCUUCCCCGUCCACAGUGUAGCUGCUCCCAUUUUUGGCAAUGGUUUUGGCUCAGACUCAUUCAGCCGCAUUGCCAACUCCUACUCAACUUUUGGAAGUGCUGGCCUGGUGCUGCCGUGUACCCAAAAGCUCUUGCGCGCCAAGAAGGCCGAGCGGUUGGACGCUGAGAUGGGCAAAGGAGGGCGUCGGAAAGUGGGUGGUGAGUAUCUGGUCAAGCUGGACCAUGAGGGUGUGACCUCACCCAAGAACAAAAACUGCAAAGCCUUGUUGAUGAGCGACAAAGACUUUGGGCCCCUACCUGGCCACGGCUAUGCUCACCCAGGCCUAGGGAUCAAGGAGAAGAAGAGUGCCCUGCCCAUAGGGUUGGCGUUACGCAAGUACACGGGUCAAGCAGAGUAUGGGCUGCACUGUGACAGUGACUGCCACAGCUCUUACUCGGACGAAGAUGAAGUGGACGAACUGAGGGGCAGCGUCCCAUCUCGCUUCCUGACACGCCUUUCCGUCUCUUCGUCUUCUUCUGGAUCAUCCACGUCUUCAAGCUCUGGCUCAGGCUCCACCUCUAGCCUCUGUUCCUCUGACAACGAGGACUCUUCCUACAGUUCUGAUGAUGAGGACCCCACCUUGCUUGUGCAGACCUGUCUCACACACCCCGUUCCUGCCCUGCUGGCUCAGUCUGAAGCCCUUCGUUCAAAGAGCAGUACCCUGCAGAGGUGCUUUGCCGCUGGUGCCAAGGGCAAGCUCAGGCGCAAGGAGGCCCUGAGCUUCUCUAAAGCCAAAGAGUUCUCCCGCCGGCAGCGCCUGCCCUCGGUGGAAAACCGGCCAAAGAUCUCUGCUUUCCUUCCUGCACGCCAGCUCUGGAAGUGGUCUGGGAAUCCCACUCAGCGUCGUGGCAUGAAGGGGAAAGCACGAAAGUUAUUCUACAAGGCCAUCGUACGAGGGAAGGAGACUCUACGCAUCGGUGACUGUGCUGUUUUUCUGUCAGCUGGCCGACCCCACUUGCCAUACAUUGGCCGCAUUGAGAGCAUGUGGGAAUCCUGGGGCAGCAACAUGGUGGUCAAAGUAAAAUGGUUCUACCAUCCUGAAGAGACCAAACUGGGCAAGCGUCACAGCGAUGGCAAGAAUGCCCUGUACCAGUCGUGCCACGAAGAUGAAAAUGAUGUCCAGACCAUCUCACACAAAUGCCAGGUGGUUGAACGUGAACACUACGAGCAGCUGACCCGCAACAAGAAAUACCAGGACCGGCAAGACCUCUACUACCUGGCAGGGAGUUAUGACCCCACCACAGGACGGCUUGUGACUGCAGAUGGUGUACCCAUCCUGUGCUGAGACUGCGGGAUGCAACCACUGCUCCGGGGCCAGAAGAUGGCUGGGGAUGGGGGAGAAGGGCCAAAGAACAGUGGAAGGGGCCAGUCUCCUCACACCACUUCCUGGCAAUUGGAUACAAGGCCCUGAAAUAUGCAAGGUGCCCGGCUUUGCCAUGCCCGGGGUUGCAGGCUGAUCCCGGCUCCCCACACGGCUCUGUAUAGAUUUGAAUCCAAGCCAUACUUUCCCUAGUACCUCUGACUGUUUGCCACAGGCCAAACACAAAUCAGGUUACUGCUCUAUUUAUUUCAUGUGUAAAUAAUGUAUUUCUGAUGGGAAGUUUUAUGGAAAAGGAACAAAUGAGACAAAAAAAGGCUGGU